AUGGCCCCCCCUCGGCGUGGGAGCGUGUUGACCUGCAUUCGCAUUGGCGCCACCACCGCUGCCGCUGCCACUGCUGCUGCCGCCGGCUAUGGGUAUCCAGACGUUGCAGCGACCAAGGAAAAACACCAGCCGGAGGGUUGCAGUCGCCUUCGCCACAGCAGCAAAACUCAGACGCUGCCCGCAUGGCGGCGCCGUUUGUUGGGGAGCAGAACGGAAAGGCGGUCGCGCGGGCUACGUCAGGUUUGCUGCACGCCCCUGCUAGCGCGGCGGCCAGAUGAGGGGCUUUUCGGUUUAUCGACAUAG